AUGGGCGAAUCUGACGACAGGCGCGAGCAUCGGCACAGCAGCCGAAGCGGACGGCGGCACGACGACGAUCGGCACCGCAGCUCGGAUCGCGAUCGCCAUCGACACCACCGCAGCCACAGCCACUCUUCCCGCUCGCACGACGACCACUCGGACCGCAAGCGACGGCGCCAUGACGACGGACGAGAUCAUCACCGCGACGAGCGCCACCGACACCGCCACCGGAGCGACAGAGAUGACCACCAUCGAUCGCGCAGGGGUGAUGCAGGGGGUCACAGGGACUCGAGGCACGAAGACAAGCAGCCCGCAGUGGACUUCAUUCCGACCGCAGAAUCACUUCAGAUCGUCUCACAAGACGAUCGCUCUGAAGACAAAGCACCGAGUUCCGAUCUCAAACGCGAUGAUUGGAUGAUGGGCUCGGGCGGAGAUGAUGCGGAUGAGGCGACCUACUUCUCGUCGUUGGGCAAGGCGCGCGUCAAGGCACCGCCGCCUGAGAGGCCGGACCCAGAGAAGCUGAAAGUGAGCUCGCGCGAGCUCAACACGCAGCUGCGCGAGGGCAAGACGGUCGACGAAUACGCCACACCCUCCGGCAGCAACACGCGGGCCGCGCUCGGCGCGCCGGGCUAUCAGUGGCGCAUGAUGAAGCUCAAGCGCACGCUCGAAGCAGCCGAGCAGUCGGCUCGGGACCUCAACGAGGUCGCGCUCGAGCGCUAUGCGAGCCUCGAAGAGUUCGAGCACGCUCAGGCAGAACGUCGCUUCCUCGACAACCGUCCACAGGCCAAAGACGAUGAUCGCAGCGUACGCAGCACGCCCACGCUGCAGAGCGUCGCAAGGCGCAGUUAUCUACUCGCAAGCGGCGGUACGGGCGAGCCGGAGCGGGAUACUUCUCGCAGUGGCACCGACUCGCCUGCAGGAGGGUCGAGGCCUGCAAGCCGUCAGGGCUUCCGGCGGCCAGGCGAGUCGUCAAACCAGUCCACGCCGACGCCCUCAACCCGUCCGCCACGCACAGUCGGAUUCGAGACGCCGACGUCCAAACCAACAACGCCAUCCAUCAUCCCGAGCGUCUUCACACCUGUCAUCGAGCGCCCACCCGAGACGCAACCUGGGGUGGUCAUCCAGAACGCAUCCGACUCGGAUCGGCCCGUGCUUAGUGCUGACGAGCUCAACAAACUGCAAGCCAAGAUCGUACGUGCCGAGCUCAUGGGCGAUGGCGACCUUGACGCACUGCGCGCCGAGUACGAGCGCGAGGCCUCACGUGCCCGCACAGCACCGUCUCCCGCUCUUCCCGUCAAGGCUGGCGUGGUCACGCAGGACGGCGAGCGCGAGCUGCAAGUACUUCCCACCCUCGACGCACGCGGGCGCAUGUACGACGUUGGCUCGCUCAAUCACUCCCCGCAAGGUGCCGAGGCCAAGGCCAAGCGCCGCCUCCGGGGCCGCGACGAAUUCGAAGCGCGCGACAGCAAGACUGGCCAGAUCGUGCGCUACGGUGCUGAAGACGAUCAGGUGAGCCUCGGCGAUCUCGUUCGCGCCGAGAAGCUGGGCGCCGGAUCGCGCUGGGACAAGGACGCGGACGCCGAAAUGGCGGCCAACAUCAUGGCGGAUGCCGGCUUCAGUGCCGAUCUGGAGGCGCAGGACGACGAGGCACACCGGUACGCCAAGAAGAAGAUGCGCGCCGAUGCGGUCAAGAGGCAAUUUGCCAUCGGCGACUAUGCCAGGACCCAAAAGGCGCUCGAUCGCUGCCGCUUCUGCUGGCAAGACGAGGGAGCCAAGCCGCCGCGUGCCGUCGUGGUCAGCUCGGGAUACCGGGCGUAUUUGGCGGUGCCCGAGGUGGAGGCUAUUACGGAGCGCGCGGAGGAUCACAUGUUGAUCGUCCCGAUGCAGCAUCAUCUGAGCUUGCUAGAAGCAGACGACGACACGUGGGACGAGCUGCGCAACUUCCAGAAGUGCCUGAUCCAGCUCGCAGCCAGUCGUGCGCAGCGAGUGGUGUUCUUCGAGACGCUACUGUCGAUCAAGCAUCAGCGCCAUGCGGUGAUGGAAGCAGUGCUGCUCCCAUCUGCUGCCAUGGACCUCUUGCCAGGCGUAUUCAAGCAAAGUCUGAGACAGAUGGGCGGCGAAUUUAGCACGAACGCCAAGGUCAUCGAUUUUACGCCUGCCAGGUCGUUCCGCAACGCCCUGGUACCGAACCUGCCUUACUUUGCAGUGGCGUGGGAUCAUCGUUGGGCUACAGGCUAUGGCCAUGUCAUUGAAAAUCUCAACCCCACCGCGACGCAGGCCGAUGCUUACGAUGUCGACGAGAUGGCCGCCGGGUCGAACAACGCCGAGUUCAGCGACAACUUUGCCAGGGACGUCAUCAGGGCAACGCUCGAAGACCUCGAUGCAGACAACGAAGGCGGCUCGCCCUCUGCUCCCUACGUCCGCACUUUUGGCAAGUCCAAGCACCGCAGCCACGACGAAAAGCUCCGCACCAGAGAGACCUUCCGCCGUGGCUGGAACCAGUUCGACUGGACAAAACAGAUUCCCAGCCAACCAUCCUAG